AUUCGACGCCCGCGCGCGAUACCGUUCGCCGCGUCGACAGUCCUUCUCUCAGCUCUCCGAGCGCGUGUAGACUUCGCCUGAACUGUGCUAAACAUCGCCGCUGCUGUCGCCGCUCUACUGUACACAGGCACGUACACAGAGAGCCGCCCCCUCAUGAGCGAGCGACUCGCGGCUCGUCGUCGCCGGACUCGUCCGGCCGGAAGAACGAGCGUACCGGCAGACGAUCGCGGCCCGCCUGAGAAACUCGGGACGAGCAUCGGUGACUCGGAGUGAGAUGAAGUGAACACACGAGACUCUCAGCGUAAUCGCGCAGUCACACCGGUAAGCGAUGUCGAACGCGAGCGCGGGCUACAACUUCACCUGCGGCAGCGGCGUCGACAGCUUCCACACGAGCUACGUCGCGAUCCACGGCUGGGCGAGCCUGCUGGUCUGUAUCUUCGGCUCGAUCGCCAACGGGCUGAACAUCGCGGUGCUCACCCGGCGCGAGAUGUCCUCGCCGACGAACGCGAUCCUCACCGGGCUCGCCGUCGCCGACAUGCUCGUCAUGAUCGAGUACAUACCCUACGCCGUCCACUCGUACCUCUACCACCGACCGAAGCGCGAGACCUACACCUACGCCUGGACGGUCUUCGUGCUCUUCCACUCGAACUUCGCCCAGGUCUUCCACACGAUCUCGAUCUGGCUGACGGUCACGCUGGCCGUCUGGAGGUACAUCGCCGUCGCCCACCCCCAGAAGAACCGCGAGUGGUGCAGCUACAACCGCACGAUCAUGGCCAUCGUCGCCGCCUACGUCAUCUGCCCGCUGAUCUGCUUCCCGCUCUACGUGACCACGGAGGUCACCUCGAAGAACGUCACCCUCGACGCCAACGAUCGCCAGAUCAACCUGACCGGCAACGGAUCGUCGCACUACUACAGCGGCCGCAGCGGCGCCGACGCCAACAACGCGACCCUCUACUUCGUCGCGCUGACCGAGUCCGCCCAGAACGGCCUGAAGGAGAUGAACUUCUGGAUGUACAGCGUCGUCAUCAAGCUCAUCCCCUGCCUCGCCCUGACGAUCCUCAGCCUGCGACUCAUCAUGGCGCUGGUCGAGGCGAAGAAGCGCCGCAAAAAGCUCACCUCCACCACCAUGCUCAAGAUGGAGGAGUCGAUCAACCUGGCCGAAAGCAAGAAACGCAAGCGCAAGGCCUCCCGGAUGAUGGACAAGGAAAAGCAGACCGAUCGCACCACCAAGAUGCUCCUCGCCGUUCUGCUGCUCUUCCUCCUCACCGAGUUCCCCCAGGGCACGCUGGGCCUGCUCAGCGUCGUCCUCGGGCCCGACUUCUUCAACACGUGCUACGUCAAGCUGGGCGAAGCGAUGGACAUCCUCGCGCUGAUCAACUCGGCAAUCAACUUCAUCCUGUACUGCGCGAUGUCGCGCCAGUUCAGGACGACCUUCAACCAGCUGUUCUGCCGCUGGAAACUGCUGGGCCGUUGGCUGCCGGUGCCCCAACACGCGGAGAACAACAACGGCAACAUGGCGACGAACCACACGGUGACGCAGGUCACCCAAGUCUAGCAUCGGCCCGCCCGACGUACCUUUUGCUGCUGUCACCUCUAAACAAUCCUCAGCUACCAUAUACAUCAUCAGAGGUCGACACUCAGCGAGCGUCAACGACAAGUGUCCCUUCUCUCGUGCAGCGGAAAAGUGGCUCGCAACAACACCCCUUCCUGCCUUCAGCGAGAUAUCCCCCUGUGUAUAACGAUCCCGAGCAGAGUCUUGUGCAUGUAUGCAUAUUAUAUAAUCUCUCUCUGUGUACAUAAUAUAUAAUACGAUAUAAGUAUGUAGGUACAUCUGUUCGUGUUUAAAGCUCUGCUCGGGCCGAGAUUGCGUAAGUUCUAUAGGUUAUAAGGGAGAUGCAACGAGCGAGGAGAGAAGGCCAUACGUACGCGGAGGGAUUUCUCUCGCGCGCUUAUUCGAUGCGAGGAACGGUCGUCGGGCGAAUUGGCUCUUUAUGAUUAUACGCUGUGUAUAAUAUUAUUAUUAUUACAUAAAGUAAACACGAAUAUCUACAAAAAAACAUAGUGAUAAUAGACGAAUCGCGCUGCGAAGCGGCGUUGUUGAAUUUUCCGAAUUUCAGAGGAAGAGAGAGUCGUGUAUCGGGGACGAAAAGGAUUUCGUUGUAUUUUUUUUAAGAGAACCCGACACACGCACAGUAUAGAUAUAAUGUAAACGUACAUAUUUAGCGCGCGGGACGCAAGUGUCCUCUCCGCAUAGGAAUCCGAAUUGACGCAAGCGUUGAUACGAAAAUGAUCAACGUUUGCAUACUUUAUUUCUUCUAUCUAACACAGCUCGUUCGAUCAGUGCGGACGACCUGGCUCGUACGUUUUCGAUCCGUCAUACCAUACAUAUGUGUGUGCCCACGAGUGAGAAGCGACAGAAAAAACGAAUUUAUUUUUUUACCUCGACACCGAAACGCCAGUAGU